GAAGAAUUUAAAAUUGGCGAAUAAAUUUUUGUGUGAGAAAAAAAAAAGAAAAUUAAAGUGCAGAUAAAUUACAGAUUAAUGUACAAAAUGGCGACACAUUUAAUGACACUGUUGCUUUUUAUACUUUACUACACAGAAGCCUACUCAGGUUCGAAAGAAUUUAACACAGAAUUUCUGCAUGACUGGCCAACGCAACCGUCAACGCUAAACGGGCCCUAUUUCGAUGUGUCAGGCAUGCCUGCCAAUGUUACAGGUUUAGUAGGAAAAACAGUGUACUUAGUGUGUAAAGUGAAAAAUUUGGGCAACCGCACAGUGUCUUGGGUCCGGCACAGGGACAUUCAUUUGUUAACUGUGGGCCGGUACACGUACACGUCAGACCAACGAUUCGAGGCAAUGCAUUCGCCCCACACGGAAGAAUGGACAUUGCGAAUACGGAAUGCCCAGAAACGGGAUACCGGCAUUUACGAAUGUCAAAUUUCAACGACGCCGCCAAUUGGUCAGCCCGCAUAUUUGUCUGUUGUUGAACCCAUCACGGAAAUUUUGGGAGGACCGGAUUUGUUCCUCAACAAAGGAUCGACAAUAAAUCUCACGUGUAUAGUUCGUUUCGCACCAGAGCCCAGUCCAACACUCAGCUGGGCGCACAAUCGAGAGACAAUUAAUUUUGAUUCACCACGAGGCGGAAUUUCCUUGGUGACGGAAAAAGGUGUACUUACCACAAGUCGAUUGCUCGUUCAGAACGCCAUGCAAAGUGAUUCCGGCGUGUACACUUGUGAUCCCUCAAAUGCCAAUCCAACAUCUGUUAGAGUACACAUAUUAAAUGACGACAAAGACUGACCACCAAGGAGCUCUGUGAUUUACGGAGGAGGUAGCGCUAGCUUAGCAUCACACCAAGCAAUUUACAGUAGUUUAAGUCCACUUUUCUAUUUUACCCAAUUAACGUCCACAAUUGUCGUGUCCCUUUUAUUUGGACAAUUAUCGCAAUUGUUUUGGUAUCGCUGAUGAUUCAGCUUUCCGCGGCACCAAAUUGUACAUACGAAAAUAAAUACAUCAGAAAUUAAUGUUAAAAGUUACAAAGUAAAAAGUAUUUAUAAUUAUAAAAACCACCAUGAUAAUAAUGAUGACUACCUAGUUGUUAUAUUAGAUAAAUUUCCGUAUAAUAAUAGAAAUAAUGAAUUAUAUCAUCAUUGGCAUCGGGCACCAUUCCACAACUCCGCCAAUUAUCAAGUUUCUC